CGCGCGACCAGCGUGACGUGACGGGCGACUCGUGGUCCUCUUGUCGCAUCCGCACGGCGGGUCGACUGCUAAUUUGUUAGCAAGCGCGUUAGCUUGGUGUUGUUGUGUUGACCGAAGUUGUGUUCGUUCACUUUACGGAGGAUCAUUGGAGGAUGGACGGUUAUCAGAGAGGACGUCCGUGGGGAAAGCUCAUCAAAGUGGACUCCAGUGAAACUAUCCUGCUCUUUAACCGGGAAUGCACAGUUGGCCGAAAAAAAGGAUGUUAUCUGUCCUUCCCGGCCAACAAACUGGUCUCAGGGGAGCACUGCAAGAUUGUGCAAGACGAAAGCUCGGGGCUGGUGUGGCUUGAAGACACCAGCACUAAUGGUACAGUGAUCAACAUGUCCAAACUGGUGAAGAAGCAAACCCACAUGCUACAGAGCGGCGACAUCAUCUACUUUGUAUACAGGAAAAGUGAGCCAGAACAAAACAUUGCCUACGUUUACCACUCCAUCCAAAUGGAGCAUGCCACGUCAGGACAUACUUAUGAGAUGGAGAGGGCGGCCCACAGUCCUGGCCCUUUCCCACUCUCAGUGGAGCCCGUAAUGCUCCCCAAGGCUUCUCGUGAUCAAACGCUGGAGGAUCCUCAGCCCUCCACCUCCUCGUCCCUCUUCUGUAUCGGGAGCCCCAACACUUCUGGUCCCGCAGCAACCACCGCCUGUCCCGCUUCAGGCCAGGCUGAAGUUGCUGCCUCAGCGCAGGAAAAAGUCCUAGAUGACAUGGGGCCAGCAAGCAAGAAGAGGAAAACUGAUUGCAUGAACGAUUGUGAUUUGGACUUGCCGCACACCUCGAGCACAGAAAGGGUCUGUUCGAGUAAGGGAGGUCUUCUGUCCAAGCCUCCUGUGGACGUGACGAAGACCGACAAGAUGGAGGAAAGCCUGACGUGUGUCAUUUGUCAAGACCUGCUGCAUGACUGCGUCAGCUUGCAGCCCUGCAUGCAUGUCUUCUGUGCUGCCUGCUACUCGGGCUGGAUGGAGCGCUCCUCUCUUUGCCCCACCUGCCGCUGCCCUGUGGAAAGGAUUCGGAAGAACCAUAUCCUCAAUAACCUGGUGGAGGCCUACCUCAUCCAGCACCCAGAAAAGUGCCGCAGUGAUGAGGACCUAAAGAGCAUGGACAACCGUAACAAGAUAACUCAGGACAUGUUGCAGCCAAAAGUUGAGCGCUCGUUCUCGGAUGAGGAGGGCAGCUCAGAUUACCUCUUUGAGCUCUCCGACAAUGACAGUGACUCCUCAGACAUCGGUCAGCCGUUGGUGGUGUGCCGACAGUGUCCCGGCUACCGGAGGGAGGUCGGCCAGGUGCUGUUUGCUACAGGUUCCAACUACUGGCUCCCUUCUCUGCCAGACCCACCGCCUGCACCUCCUCCACCCAAACCGGUGACUGAGGAGGGGCCCGCACAGCCUACAGGGGAGCAACCCUCAACAUCCUCUGCCAUCCCCUCAGCCUCUCAGGAGUACCGCUGCCCCCCUCAGGGCUGCCAUCUCAUCUGCACCUGCUGCCUCCAGCCGAUGCCGGACAGACGGGCCGAGCCAAACGGCGAGCCGGUCGUCGCUCAACGAUGUGUGCUGUGCCAGCGGCCCUUCUGUCACAUGUACUGGGGCUGCCAGAGGACCGGCUGUCAAGGCUGUCUGGCUCGAUUCAGCGAGCUCAAUCUGACAGAUAAAUGCCUGGAGGGGGUGCUGAACAACAAUAACUAUGAAUCAGAGAUCCUCCAAAACUACUUGUCCUCCAGAGGGAAGUCAUGGAGAGAUCUGCUCCACGAGUCUCUGCAGGCCUUCCAGCAGGGUAACUACUAUCUGUCAGAUUGGCGUAUCUCUCCAAAUGCCAUCCUGUGCUUCUGCUGCGGGCUCCGAGCAUUCAAAGAGUUGGCCUACAAGUACAGACAGAACAUCCCCAUGCCUGAGCUGCCAGCCGCUGUUACUUCUCGUCCCAACUGUUACUGGGGACGCAACUGCCGUACACAGGUGAAGGCACAUCAUGCAAUGAAAUUCAACCACAUAUGUGAGCAGACACGUUUCAAGAGCUGAAGGAGCAGAGCGGAGUGUCAAACGAAGACGGCCGAGCAUCUCGUAGACACAAUCUUGUUGCGUUUUGUUGUGUCCGUUGUAGUUAAAUGCCUUCCAGAUGUUAUGCAAUAAUUAAUGCAGAAAUUACAAUCAUUACCCAUUUACAAUAGAGGCCAUUGUCUUACUCAAUACAGGGGCUUUGUGAAAUAAUGCUAUGCAAACAUUUAAAGAGAUCUUUAAAGUAAAGAACUGUCAGAGCGUUUAACACCAGCCACCAUUUUAAAUUCAGAUGCAUUGGCCUACGGUAAUUUUAGGCAAGACACCAUAUUUGGGUCAUUGGAGAGUUGUUUGUUGAAGAUACUUCCUGACAUGUGUGGUAAAAUGUUUUCUCUGAUUAAGAGCGAGUGAGGCAAUCUAUGGAUCAAAGCCAGUAAUGUACGCUUGCACAAAUUGUUUCAGACCUGUUUGUAUUUUGUCUCCUCUAGCCUGUUAUUGAGGUUUUAAACAUCUUGUGUCCAUUAACCUUCUUCAGUUUUGAUAGAUUUUAACAAUCCUAUGGCAUGUUGAGUUAAUAAUGCAGGUCUCCCCUCAUCAUGUUGAAUUACAGGAACAGUGAUUCAAGUGCUACAGUUUUGAGCCAAACCCAAAUUGGUUUCCAUGAUCCAACCGUUGGUUGACAUUUGAAAGGGAAAAAGUCUCUCACCUCCGAGGGACUUUUCUUGUGCCAGUGCAUUUCUGUGUUCCUGGACCAGGGCAAGAAGCCACAACAAAACCCUGCAUACAUACUGGGGUAGAUUUAUACUCCCAUGUGAUGUUUGUACAGGAUUGCUGAAGGGGAUCAAUGUGUCGGGAGGCCGUCAGAGGGCAUUGAGGCCUCUGUUGUAUGCUUUUCUCCGGAUAAUCAUCUCCACGGUGAUUAAGUUGUCGAAGGGACGCUUUCUGUGAACCUUACAGUAAAGGCUCAGCUGGGGUGACGUGCACAGUAACUCCGUGUGGAGACUGUGGAGAGGAAUAAAAAGGUCGCACUCCAGGCAACCAGUAAUGGUUAAUGUGGCUUUUACUGACCCGUAUAGUUUUCAUAUGCAAAUCUUUACAGAACACGUAGAAUAGCAAAAGCAACAGGUCAGCGAAUUGUGGCGAUACAACUACAACACUAUGUUCUGUAAUAAUUUGUGUUGCCGGUUGUGUGGAUAUUCUCUGGUGGGCAAAGCUGCUGUUUUGUCACUCAACAUUCAUGUUGAAUCUGAUGGCCUCUCCUUAAUUGACCUUCAUCACCAGAGUGUUAGUGAGUCCCCUCAUGCAAACAUGCACUGCUAGUUUUGAUGUCCACUGUUAAAAUCCGGCUUUUGUUCAGUCCAUCAGUACGUUUAGGAGAAUACCCACCAAAUGUUUGGUACCUCACACGAAUCUCGAAGCGCUUUUGUCCAGCGUAUGGGAUGUCGAUACUCUGCAUAUGAUUUCCACAUCAUAUCAAAAGAGCCAGAGUUUGAUUCCAACAUGAAAUGUUGCUCAUCAGGAAGAGAAAUAAAUAUAUAUAUAUAUUUUUAAAGGACACCCUUGACAGCCAAGUGGAAUUGCGCAUUUUCUAUUAUUGUAUAGUAAUGUUAACAUUAGCCAUACAAAAUAAGGAUAGAACUUGUGGGUUUAUUUUUAGAAUGUAGUUAUGAUUCAUAUUUUCAUUUAAAAUGUCUGUGGAAAAAUCUUGAAUGGGAAUUCUUGCCGUAGCACGUUGGUGAACAGCAGUUUAUUUGUUGUGCCCGCGAGGUGCUUUGAGUUUGUCUUAUUUUUCCACCCCGUCUGUCAUGUAGGGUCCACACUGGCAUUCCUCAGCGGCUCAGGGCCUCGGCCCAAGCCCGUCGGUCCCCCGACAGAGUGGCUGGCUUUUAAUUAUUCCCCACUGGGACAACUAGGCGCCCUAAGCCAACUGUCCCGAGCCGCUCCAAUCAGGAAUCGGUAAUAAAGAGGCUUUGGAGGAGUGCUUUGCAGUCUACUAAUAUUUACUCACUUAUUCUGCUAAAGUCUGGACCACGCUGCUCGGCAGUAUGAAAGAAGCGGGUUUCAUUCUACCUCAUCACAACUCCAGGAAUUAUGGGACACUGAAAACGGGCGUCGAUCACGUUCAAUAGAGAUGCAUUAGGCACAUUUGAAGAUGUUGUGAGGACUUUUGUUUGAGGAAAUCCAAGAGUUUUAUAAAUGGCUCUUUACUCUUUGUUGUAUUAGCUAUGCUAAAAUAUUUUUGAAAUGCAUAGAUUGGAUUUAGUGAUUUAGAUUAAAAUACAUUGGUAUGUAGAAACCAAUACCCCCCCUUAA